AUGUUCUCCCUGCCAUCCCUCCCCUCCUGGCUCCCCAGCCUCCCCUCCCUCCAGUGGGGAUCCGGCCUCCUCGACUCUGUACUUCAAGGCCUCAUUGGGGCCAGUGGAGUCUCGGUCCUGAACAGCCUCCUGAAGGUCUACUUCUUUGUGAACUGUGCCAACAACCCCGAGCGGCGGCUGGAGAAGCAGCGGCUGCAGGCCCAAUGGGCCUCCCUGGAGACCCUGCACCUGGCCGGGCUGGCCUUGAUCCUGACCGUCCUGGGGGCCCGGGUGGCUGCCCUGGUGGUGCUUGAGUUCUCCCUCCGAGCUCUGUCCACACUGCUCUCCCUGGGCCAGGGCUCUGAGAGGGAGAGGCUGCAGCUGUACCUCGUAAGCCAGUACUCCCUGGGCUGUGGGCUGACCUGCGGCCUGAGCUUCCUGCAGGAGGGUGCCCCUCACCGCACCUUGAACUUGCUGCUGGGCCUCUGGCUGGCCACCCUGCUGGGCACGGGUGCCAGGCGCCUCUGCCGCCACACCUGCCAGCUGUAUGAGCUACACAGCAGCCAGCACUACUGCGGGGUCUGCCUGGGCCUGCUGGCCGGCGCUCACGGCCUCCCCAGGCUGCUGGCCCGUGCCCUGGCUGUGGCCUUUGCUGUGGGUGACCUGGCGGCUGUGGCCCUCAUCAACCGGGACUUCCCGACCACCUCGGAUGCCGUGCGCUUCUGGACGCCGCUCGUCAUCUGCUACGCCCUGCUGGUCAUCUACAUGCAGGAAGAGCAACGGCAGCACCCCGGCCUGCAGAGUCACGUCCAGACCUUGCUGGUGCGCAUGGGCGGCCUCUUCGUGCUGCUGCUGACCGUGGGCAGCUGGCUGGACCUCCUGGGAGUCGUCCUGUCCCUGCUGGGCGAGCUCUGGUGCCUGGCGGGCAGCCGCACUCUGCUGGACCUUUGCCAGGAUUUUCCAUCCCAGAGGCCGACAGUGUCUGCUGCAAGGGAGUCCCAGCCCCAGCCCUCAGCAGCCGCCCAGCCCCCCUCAGCAGCCGCCCAGCCCCGGGGCCCAGCCCCCUCCUGA